UCGACAAAAUUCAAGCUAAUAGCUUAUACAAUCUCGGUCCGAAACUUAUUUUGAAAAAAUGGGCCAAGAUGAGGCCUUACAUGUGUAAGUUUCGAAUUAGUCAAGUUCAGAUUAAUAAGUGAAAUUUUUUGCAGUUAAGUUCAGAUUAGUCUCUCAUUCUAAAGAUCCUUAAAAACAAAAUGUUCGCCCGAUGGCGGAGCAAUUUGAUUACCUUAAACAAUAUUUUAUUAAAUUUUAGGACGACAAACUGUGAAUAUCAAAUUGUUAAUCACGACCCUGUUGUAGCUCAUUGUCUUUGCAGUUUAGUCUCCAAUUCUGCUUCUCAGAUUCCCCGAGACCUCCAGAUAAUGAACAAGAAUAUCACACGUUUAAUACGAAGUGGCCGGAUUCAAGAAGCAAGAGUUUUGUUUGAUGGAUUAAGACUUAGAAAUACAAUCACAUGGAAUUCAAUGAUGAGUGGAUACGUCCAUAGGCGAGAAAUUGCACAAGCUCGAAAACUGUUUGAUGAAAUGCCUGAAAGGGAUGUUGUCUCGUGGAAUUUGAUUAUUUCGGGUUAUAUGGGGUGUCGGGGAAGUAGAUAUAUGCAAGAAGCAAAAUACCUGUUUGAUCAAAUGCCGGAGAGGGAUGUUGUUUCGUGGAACACGAUGAUUAGUGGGUACGCGAAAAAUGGUAGAAUAGAUGAAGCAAUGAGGCUUUUUAUGUGUAUGCCUAAGAGGAAUGUUGUUUCUUGGAAUGCGAUCGUUUCUGGGUUGCUGCAAAAUGGUGAUAUGAAAAGGGCGGUUGAGUUCUUUGAGAGAAUGCCUGACAGGGACGCCGCUUCUUUAAGUGUUCUUGUGUCUGGUUUAAUACAGAAUGAAGAGUUGGAUGCUGCUGCACAUGUUCUGUUCAAGUAUGGGACGAGGGAUAGCGGGAGUGAAGAUUAUCUUCAAGCUUAUAACGUUUUGAUUGCCGGGUACGGCCAAAAGGGAAGGGUGAACGAUGCCCGGAAACUUUUUGAUCAAAUCCCAAUUUAUGCUGCUGAUGAUAAUAGGAAUGGAGUUAGAAGGUUUGAGAAAAAUUUGGUGUCAUGGAAUUCUAUGAUCAUGUGCUAUGUGAAAACUGGAGAUAUCAUUUCUGCCAGGGAGUUAUUUGAUAAGAUGAUUGAGCGUGAUUCUGUUUCGUGGAAUACCAUGAUUAGUGGCUAUGUUCAGGUACGAAAUAUGGAAGAAGCUUCAAGGCUUUUCUCUGAAAUGCCAAGCCCAGAUGCAUUAUCAUGGAAUUCAAUGAUCUCAGGGUUCUCCGAGUCAGGAAGCUUGGAACUUGCUCGUAAUUUUUUUGAAAGGAUGCCAGAGAAAAACAGGAUAUCUUGGAAUGCAAUUAUUGCAGGAAGUGAGAAAAAUGCAGAUUAUGAUGGAGCCAUCAAGCUUUUUAUUGAGAUGCAAGGAACAGAAGAAAAACCUGAUCGACACACAUUAUCUUCACUUCUUAGCAUUUGUGCCGAGUCUGUGGCAGUGGAUCUGGGAAUGCAAAUUCAUCAGUUAGUAACAAAGAUUGUUGUGCCUGAUAUUCCGUUAAAUAACUCGCUUAUUACAAUGUAUGCUAGAUGCGGGGCAAUAUUUGAAGCAAGAACUAUUUUUGAUGAGAUGCAAUUUGAGAAAGAUGUAAUCUCUUGGAAUGCUAUGAUUGGGGGAUAUGCAUCUCAUGGUUAUGCACUGGAAGCUCUUGAACUAUUUGACUUGAUGAAGCAACAAAGAGUGAGACCUACUUACAUUACAUUCAUUGCAGUUCUGAAUGCAUGUACUCAUGCUGGUCUUGUUGAUCAAGGCUGGUUGCAUUUUGAGGCCAUGAUUAAUGAAUUUGGUAUUGAACCAAGGGUUGAACACUUUGCCUCCAUUGUGGACAUGAUGGGUCGUUUUGGAAAUGUUGAGGAAGCCUUGAACAUAAUUUACGCAAUGUCACUUGAACCUGAUAAAUCUGUCUGGGGUGCAUUACUAAAUGCCUGUAAGGUGCACAACAAUGUGGAGAUAGCACAAGUAGCAGCUGAAGCUUUGUUGAGGCUAGAUCCAGAGGACUCCGGCCCAUAUGUUUUGCUGUAUAACAUGUUUGUUGAUGUAGAGAGAUGGGAUGAUGCAAAUAAGGUCAGGGAGUUGAUGGAUAAAAGUAGAAUUAGAAAGGAACCAGGUUACAGUAGAUUGGAUUCAGGCUGCUGAUAAUGUCAGAAACGUCAUUUCAUGUACAGAGUGGUUAAAAGGCAGACAACGUUAGAACAAAGGCCUGAUAAUAAUCAUGAAAUAUUCCAUUCUCAAGCACAGAGGUAGCAAUCUCACAAGUCUCUGCUACCCUUGGUGUACUGUCCCCAACUCAUACUCUUGCUCCCCUUUCCGAACACGUAAGAAUUGGUCUGGAUUUGAAGCUAUGAAACGCAUGAGACACAGAAAUCAUCUUGAUCGGUUACAUAGCAAGAAAAUGCUUUCAAAUGAAACCAUUUUGCAUGAUGGACCUCUGGAUUCUUGGUUGAGAUGGUGGUGUCUUUUGAAGGUCCAUAACCAAUGCCAUGAAUAAGUAUAAUUUACAAUAAAGGUCUGUGACUUUUGCUGCUUUAUAAAGAGAGGCUGCUUUGUUUAUUCUAAAAGUACUUGGACGGAAAUUUAUAUGAAAAAUGAAGCUACUAUAUACAUAGACCAAACUAUCAAAGUUGUCUAUCAAAGUGCGUUCAUCUUAUUUUCUACUCUUGAAGUUGCAGACAUAGAAGUUUUAUGUCAAACUGGUUUGUUAAUUUGCAUGCUACUCGUCUUAUUUAGAAGAUCCUCCUUUAAAGAAAUUUUGAAAGUCAGUCUCUGCCAAGCCGUCUUCAUAUACCUAUGAACUAAAUCUUGGAGUGGAGAACUAUAAAUCUCUCUCCAAGCAUUCUGUUUUUUUAUCAAGAAAAGUUUUGCUUUUGGUUGAGUUAAAAUAUGUACUUUAUAGGAAUCAUAGAAGUUCAAGUUCAUGUCUCAAUAUUCUGCAAAACUAAUUUUGUCAUUUCACCUAUUUAUUAUGAAUUCCUUGACUAUGGUGACUUUUGAUUGAUUUUCUGAAUUUUAUUUUUUUGAUUCUUGGCUGAUAGCAGUCGGAAUUUUGGAGUCAAUUUUAUCCUUGACCAUGAUUUUUUACUUUUCCAGGUCUGUUGUUUUGUUUCUCAGAGAUCUGGUAUUUAUAAAGUUCAUGUUAUGUUCUAAAAAUUUUCUCCCUUAAGCGAUUUUUUUCAGUUUCCUGCAGUCAAGAAAAGAAAAUAUUAACUAGAUUUGGCCAUGUGGUAUGGGUACUGUAUAACUCCACUUUCUCUUUUUAUCUUUCUCCUCCACUGUCUCGUGAUCUCCUAGAAAUUCCAUAUAGUACUACUAUAUUUUUUUCCUUCUUCGGAACCCUUUUUUGGUUUCUACAGAUCCAUUUUUCCUGGUUACAAGAUGAGGAAUUGAGAUAUACAACCAAGGGAUGGUUUUUAUCCCGCUUUUUUUUUGGGAGUGGUGCACGAUUCACCUGACAAGGUCAUAUACAUAUCUAUACUUAUUAUCCCCUUUUUCUAAUGAGCUUCCUUUCGAUUGAUCAGCAUCAAAGGGAAUACCCACAACAAUACAUCAAGAUAUUACCUGAAAUACACUUAUAUGCAAACACUAUCUGGCUGGAAAAUAGAAAACUCAAUUCCAAGUGCAGUACAUAAGUCCCGAUUGGCCUUUGUGCGAGCUACUCUAUUCCAUUCUGUUAUGACUGCUCUGAUGUCUGCAAGUGCAUAAUGAAGCACUCCAUCAUCAGGAUUGAUGAUAUUGGACCGGUUCUGAAGGUGCUUUCAGCCUAUUCUACAGCAGAUUCUGCUAAUCCGAACUAACCUGUCAAGCCUUCCAUCCCUUUCUGGAUCUGCUAUUUCAUUAGUUUCAAUUCUGCAGGGGCAUUACGGCUUCAUUUCUUUACUGAUUUAAGAAUGAGCAACUUCUUCAAAUGAUAAAGGGCCAACUGAGAAUUCAAAGUUCUGAGAAAGGAACUGCCAAUUUGCUUUGUGGUUUUUAUUCAAGAAAUGCUUCUCAAGUCUUAGGAAUCCCAGUAGCAUGUCUACAAUUAUUGUCUAAUAUACUUAGCCUACCAUCUGCAUGAUAAAUGCAAGAUCCAGGUUGAAAUCUGUCAAGGGGGCUGGACUUACCGACUGACUCACUCUUUUUAAGGUUUACAAGGAAUUGUUGGAAAAUUGGGAUGAUCUACACCCUAUCAAAUUACAUUUCAGUCAUCGCUCUGGAGAUGGCAUUCGUGAUGGCAGUUAUUGCCUCAAGUCAUUCUUAGGCACCCAGAGUUAAAUUUAAUUGAAGUUCGAGUGAAGCAAGUUUUCUGAAGCACAUGAUGAUGUUCUUGAUACACACCAAAGUAGCUGACAGGAGAUGAUUGUACUCAUGGAAAUUUUAGAUUCCGGUUGGGAGAGUAGCAAAGGGUUCUAUUAAUGAAAUUCUGAAUACAACUCUAAACAUGGUUAUUUAUUUAAGGAGCCAUGUAUUGGUAGAUAAGUAGAUUACCCUUAAUGAAAGUGUUUUAGCGACCUUUAAGAGGCUUAUAUAAUUUCUACUCCAAUGUUCAUCA